GGAUUGCUGGGAAGAAGAAGGAGGCUGUCGAGGUUGGGACUUUGGAGAGGGAGGUUUAGUCACAGCCACUCUCAAAAGGAAUCAUCCUGAUCAGGACCAGAGUCCCUGUUCUCACUGUUACAACUCCAGUAUAACGUUCCUGUGUGAGCCUGAGGAGGAGACAUUUGAUACGUCCACAUCUGCACACAGUGACCUCAACAUCUGCACCGCCUGGACAUCAUGAUGGACGAGGAGAUCAUCGAGGACCGGGCCAAGCUGAAGCAAGGCCUGGUCAAAGUGCUCCAGUGUGUGUCCACCAUCUCUUCAGCAGCAGCCGUAGUCAACCCCAUUUUUGGCGUGGCCGGUUCCUUGAUCCGGGUGGUGCUGCACCACAUCGAUGACGAGGACAUCCGCACCCUGAAGCGCGAGUUCGGCUCGGUCCACCGCGCACUGGACGAGCUCUCUCAGAUGAAUCGCAACACGCUGGUGCAGAUCAAGAAAGAAACGCUGGACGGCCAGUACUGUCGCGUGGAGGAGAAUCUGAAGAACCAGUUCAGAAAGUUCAUGGAGAUGGUGGAGGCACGGCCGGAGCACCGCGAGCGCAAGAAGGAGGACUUCGAGGAGAGCUACUCCAAUGACUUGGGAGACCAGAACCUGCACACGCUCUACGACGGCGUGGUGGGCACACCGAAGCUCUUCAGCAGACCCAUCCUGGAGGUGUACCUGAAGCACUCGCAGGGCGACCGCCGCACCAUGGAGCGACUCUGCACACGCCUCACCUACCUGUUCUGCAUCGGCCUCAUCGCCCUCAUGGGCUACGCCGCCGUCAUCGGAGACGACGAGGAGAGUCUGAGUGAGGAGUGGGCCGAGAAGAUGGAGAACGUCCAAGAGAAGAUGCAGGAGGCUCUUCGCAGGUGCAAAUGAAGAAUAAGCCUAAGAAGAGCUUUUGUUUUCUCAGCUGCUUAUCCUUCAUAGUCCACAUUCCCUCUGUAACUCUCCUCUUUGCCUUUUCUCUCCCUAUAAGCACUUUGUAAACAUCUACUGCUUGAAACCCCUGUGACAAUGAGCGACAAUAUGUCUCAUUCUUUUCAAAACACUACUGGUCCAAACUUCAGUCUUUGAGUUAUAGACAUGUUCAGUAUGUUCUGUCCAGGCUGAAGUGAAGACAACUAAAUUAUCACACAAUAUUUAGCCUCGGCUUCACACCACAAUUGGCUCAAAUUCACAGGAAAAUUUUUCAAAUCGGGAUGAAACUGCAGGAGUUUCAACUGACACUGAACACUUUGAGAUAAAUCAGCCGUGGGAUCGUUACAAUUAUCACAAAUCUACUCUGAAAGCCAAAUUUUGGGUGAUACGCAUGCUAUAUAUAACGCAAAACACCACUCACAUCUAUAAAUGUGGCUUUAAGAUUCAGUGUGUGAUGUUGCAAUGUGUCCCACCCAUUAGCACUUGAAGCACUUGAGAUUAAAUGUAUUACACUACAAGUAAAUCGUUUGGAUGGAAUAGGAGACACGCCUGAAUAAAACCUCAACAUUAGAGGUAGCUGGACACAUGAUCCUGUCAUACCAGUCUAACUCCACUAGAGGGCCUCAUGUGACUUCAUUACAAUCACACAGGACUAUAUGUUAUUUCUUACGUUGUUCUAUUUACAUAAUAACUACCAUAAGACAGACGUUGCUUGCCAAACAGAGAGAGUUAUGCUUUAAGUAUAUUCUAUAUUAUAAAAAAGCAAAAACAAAGAAUCCCAAAGAGCUAUGAAUGUAACAGACAUAAAACCAUAUAGUUGCAAUCAUAUACUACUCAUGAUCAUACUGCCAUGUGCACAUUGUGCAGAUUAACAGAAUAUAUGCCACAGAUAUAUGUUCCUCAUGCAUGGAGUCCAUGAUACACUACUUGUUGCUGUCGAGCACUACAUUUAAUGUCCUUUUACACUUAUUUCUGAGGCCGCUGUAUCGAGGUCUUUAUUUUUCUUUUGCAAUAUGAGAAUCAAAAACAAUGACAGUCCAAACAUAAUCUGAUUUGUUGUAACACUACAUGUGGCCAGACACUUCACCACCGGAGGAUACACUAAAUAUAAGUUGGACAAAUUUAAAAAUUGCGAUAUGUGCUUCCAUUUCAACACUGUUUAUAUGUUUCUACACAAGUUGACUUUCUUAAUGUGGUGUCAGACGAAGCCAUAAUGUCACUGGAUGAAUCUUUCCACUCUUGACUCGUGCAAUUCUGCCACUCUUAAUUUCUAUUGCAUGUGCAGGAGGUGCUCCAAGUAUGUUUGUAAUAUAUAGGUAAAACUAUCAGUGGGUUUUUUGGUGAACGGCCAUUUAGAGCCUGUAAAACAUUUAAUAUCCAUUGUUUGAGGAUUUUUUUUUUUAUUUUACAGUUAAGCCUCAGCAUCAAAAUAGACGUUUUGUCUCUUCUCAGAUUCUCCCUCAUCUGACCAACAGUGCCUAAAUGUGCCAAUAGUUUUGUAUUAUUUUUUCUUUUAAGGGUUUUUGUCUUAAUCAUUUAAGUAUAUUUUGUGUAAGGCAUUAUGUUUUGAACAGUUCAUACGCUACAGUUUAGAUUUUAAAUGUGUGGUUAAGAUAUUGUUUGUAAAUGUUUGUCUCCUUUUUUUGUUUGUUUGUUAAAGCAAACUGUUGGUGUCAAUAGUGUCAGGUGGGUUUGGAUCGCUGCAUCAGCAAAGUCAAAAAUAGAUUAAACAUCACUAAACAAUAUCUGAUUGUCAUUAAUAGAUUUCCAAUUUAUUAGUUUUUAUAUUUUUGUCAUAUUUCACACAGGUCUAGCCGGUUUUACUCUCAUCUUUUCAACACAUAGUUCUGUCCUGAACUGGUUUAUUGUUCUGUGGCACUGUGCCAUAUCUCCUAUUGUUACAACAGAUUCAGUACAGGCGACAUAAAUAAUGUUAAAAUGCUGUUGAUGUGGAGGAAUAUUAUAUGGACCUCCUAAAGGCUUUCUUGAAAUGCCAUAUAUGUGAAUACUUUGCCUUUUUUGUUAUGAAUCUUUGAUGUCUGGUUGUAUAUGUGCCACUUUAAAUAAACAUGAGUGAAUAACACUGA